AUGGAUGAGGAUAAACUUAAACGAUUUUUAGUGGAGUUGCCAUCAGCCUUGGGUUUUCAAAACAGUUCGCGAGUUAAAGAAUACGUGUACAAGGCGCUAUACUUUAUCUCGACAAACAAUGGCCAAUAUCUACUGUGCUUGUUCCCCGAUCUUUCCCGCAUUGAAGAAACAGAUCGCGACAAACUUGAGGGUUCCGAUUUUACUUUGGAAGCCUUAGACAAGCUCCCAUCUCUUCAAAAACCGGAAUCUAAAGAGUAUUCUCACGCAAUAGACAAGCCUUGUGCUCGGCUAUUCAAGGCUGGCGAUCUGGUUUAUAGAUGUGAAGAGUGUGGUUUUGAUGACACGUGCGUAUUGUGUUCAUAUUGCUUUAAUGAGCAAGACCACUUGGGUCAUUCAGUCCUGGUUUACACAUCUUCUGGGACUUCGGGUGGUGUUUGUGAUUGUGGAGACCCAGAAGCAUUUGUCAGUACGUUGCAUUGCAAAUGUUCUGCAAAAAAGGCAGCUAACACCUUUUCAAGGGAAGCUCCGGCAAAUACUCCCAGUUAUGAUUAUUUAUAUCAAACAAUUAAAUUGUGUCUCGAUUAUGUAUUAGACGUUACCAACUCGAAUGUUUGUACGUUGCCCAUCAUUCACGAGCAUAUGAAUAAAGGGUUACUCAAUUUCAAUCCGAGAUCAUUAUCAAAUUAUUUUUCUUUACCUAGCGGGAAAUAUGGUGGGGCGGGUGAUGUGAAUUCCAAUUAUUGGAAUUUAAUUUUGUGGAAUGAUGAGUUUCAUGAUUUGGGACAAGCAAUACAUGCCAUACGAUUAGGUCUUUCAUGCAACGACAACAAAGCAACCCAAAUUGCAACAAAAAUUGACAAAGAAGGCUAUUGUGUUUUGAAAGGUGCUUCUACUUACGAGGCGUUGAUGAAAUCCAAGGAACUUGUCGAAAGAGGUGGUUUAGUUGCAACAAUAACAUCAACAAGAGAUCUUUUCAGAGAACUUAUCGUGAGGGCGAUUAUUUUAUGGCUAGAUGACAUUUUGGACUCUUAUGAUGAACAAUUCAAACUCAAAAGUCAGGACGUGUUGGCACAUCUUCUCUUGGGUAACGAUUACAAAUUCGCAAAAGUAUUUCCCGAAGAAUUUUUGCGUGGGCUCACGCAUGGUACCAUGGAUGAAUGUUUCAAGAACGGUAUUCCUGUUGAGGAUAAAUUUGUAACCAGAUUCAAUUCAAAUCAAGUCAGGACGCCCAUCAGCAAUUUGGACCUACGUGAACGGUUAAUGUUUCUUCUUGCAGAACCUGAAUUGGAGCUUCCAUUCUCGAGAUUUCAGAUUCUUCUAAUCUUUCAAAUAAGAUUCCCCAAACUUGUUCGGAAAAAGUUGGUGUCUAUUUUGUUGCCGCUACUUGUAGCCAAUCUUGACCUCAAGGGGAACUUUGCAAAGCAAUUCACGGAAAUAUACCCCAUGCUACUAGCAAUAUGUGCAUACCUGGACAGAGAAGACCACUUGAAUCUCAUUACUGAAAUAUCAUCUCAGCUUUAUACUUGUCCUGUUACUGUGAAGAAACUUUUAGAAAUGUCUUAUGCAAACUAUAUCAUCAGCGGGCUCACGAGAAUUAUUGAAGAAAGCUGCUCAGUUUGGGACGAAGAUAUUGGCCAUUGUAUAUUUGUCGACUCGGAUACUGACUCUCAAGCUGACAGGAGGUUGAAAAGAGCUCUUCUCAGGGGUAUACAUGAUUGGGGCCAUUUCUCUUCGCCAAGCUUGGGACAAGAAGCUUUGCAAACGUAUUUGCGUCCUAAAAACUUCGUGUUUCUUGUACUGUUUUUGAAACUUUUUCAUGAUUAUUUGCCAAUGACCAGAAAGCGUGGGGAGCAUGUACAACAAGAACUGAUUACAUUCAGGCUACACCCAGCAAUUUCCAUGCCUAUUCUCUCGUCGUUGAGAGAUAUAGCAGCUAGUCAAGUAGGUCAUCCAAAUUUGGAUUGGGCGAUUGAAAAGCUUGCAAAUUUCCUUGCCGGUGAAGAGAUGUACCGGGUUGAAUAUGGACUCGAUAACAUAAAGGUUAGUAUGCAUUCGCAUGCAUUUGUUCACCCAUUAACAAGUUUCUUGUCGUAUCUAAUUCAAUUUAAUGGGUACAGUGUGUUGUACCCGAUGUUGGAGGAUCAAUCAAGAGCCAUCAUUGUGUUGUCAGAUGCAUCUUUGAGAAGUAUUGUUUUAGGGUCUCAAAUCAAAAUUGGAUUUUGGAUCAGAAACGGCAUAUCAGCGUCACGUCAAGCAAGUAUGUAUUUCGGACCAAUUAUGUCGGACUUUACAUUUGCACGAGAUGUACAUUUACAGCAAAUUGCGUUGUUGAUGGGUAAUCCCGAAGAGAUGGUAUCGCAUUUUUUGGCGAGAUGGGAAUUGAGUGACUGGUUUUCAAACCGUGUUGAGUAUACUGACACAAUAUAUGAGGAGCGAUUCUUUUCAAUAGUGGAAAGAUUUGUUGGAUUUGUUUACAAAUUGCUCACCGACAGAUCCAUGUUUAGCCGUUUGUCCUUUAAAGAGGCUGAGCUCAAAGAGACAAGGAAAUUUUUGGCCUAUUACUUGUGUGAGAAAGCCAGAAAUUAUACCAAAUUGAAAACAAAAGUGGACUCAGACAUCUGCGAUUUGCCAGUUUUUGACGAGAUCUUGUACGAAAUUGCGGAUUACCAACCACCCUCGUCUUUGCUUGGUACAGGAUUAUACAGGCUCAAGGAUUCUGAGUACAAACAAUUAGAUCCAAUGGGACUAUUUUUAGAUCCGUCAAAGUUUCAAGUUUUGUACGAUGUGUUGAUAAAGAAGUUAUCCAAAACCCAGAAUGUCAAGGAAGACGAAGUUAUUUUGGCUCCAUCUAUUUCACUUUCUGGUUAUUCUUUCGUGGAUAAUGAAAUAGGUGCAUUUUUAAAAACCAAAUUUUUUGUCAAGGUCAUACACAAACUUUUAAGGGUGGCCAUAGACUCUGGUAACGAGUCCUACCUUCCGCAAUUGUUGCACUUGAUACAUGCAAUUAUACUGGAUGAUGAACGUAUUCAUGGAAAGGACUACUUGGCCGAGCUGCUUGUUGAUAUCCCCAUUUGCGAUUUAUUGUUGACUAUUGUCGAAUCUAACAUGUCCAAGCCCGUGAUACACAAAGCCGAUUAUCUUGUCGAACAACUUCUCGUGAAAGACCAAAGGAUUCUUGAAAACUUGGUUAGCUGUUUUGGAGAGGACUACGUUCAAUCUUUUAAAAAGCGUAAAACGCAAUUGUUCGAAACGAAAGCAGAAAAGGACAAGAGGAUCUCCGAGGAGAGGAAAAAGAAGAUCAUGAAAAAGUUUUCAAAAAGGCAAGAAAAGUUUUUGAAAAACAAUGAAAAAUUGAAUCAAGAGCAUGACCAACAAAUGGAACAAGAAGGGGUAGCUGAUGCCAAAGUUUGCGUCAUUUGUGGAGAAAAGGAGAAAGCAGGUCAGGCAUUUGGGACUUUUCUCAUUGCUACGGAAGCACCUUUAUUCUGGGCCAUUGAUAAUUUGUUUGAAUACGAUUCAUCGAAAGUUUGGUCUGAAGACUUGUAUGCCUAUUCUAAUAAGUUUCGGUUUGGGAAAGGUUAUAAUAUUUACUCAAAAUGGUCGCACUUUCAAAAGCCCGUAUUUUCAUCCUGUGGUCAUGGUCUUCAUUACGAAUGUUUUAAGCGAGGGGUAGGUCAUACAAAGUAUUAUCCAUGUCCCUUGUGUCGCACUUAUCAUGAUGCAUUUAUGCCCUUUGUUGCCCAUGAACCAUCUGACGUCCAAGCCUUGCGAAAAAUAAUCUUUGACAACACUGUUCCCGAACUGGGUCGCAGUAAGAUGGACAUUUUGCGCGAUGUUUUUGUUCCCGAUAACCAUGGAAUUCGCUAUAGUCAUUUCCUUGAGCUGAAAAGCAGGUAUGUGAAUAAUUUUGAUCAUUGGCUUGUGGGUAUGAGUAAUACCAUUCAAAUGAGUGAAAUUGGAACUAGGUUGAAUGGUAUAUCUGGCUAUUCUGAUUUUUUAAGACAGAUCCCUCAAAGCAGCAAGAAUUUGUUCAAGGCGUUGGCUCAAGCUCAAGUCGUGAUUGCUGAUCUUUGUGAUCCAUUGGAGAGGAAGACAUGGGAGAAUGAACGGGGAUAUUUGCGUAAUAAUCUAGAGUAUGGUGAUGCAGAUUGGCUAGCCGGGGGCUUUGUUGAAACAUUAGCUCAAUUUUUCACUUCAGAGCAAUCUUUAGCCACACUAGCAAGAAAAGAGGUGUCAAAAAUUAUCAGCAAAUUGAUGGCUCGUCUUAGUAUGGAUUGGGAGGAGGCUGAAGCUUUUGUGACACCAAAGGAAAACCGUGGUUAUGAAGCAUCUGGAUUUGAAGAAUUUACCCAAUUGUGGUUGGCUUCAGGUUUGCCUUCCAGCUUGGAAAGCUACAUGCGUCAUAUGUUUGAUUUGGUACAACAAGUCUUGGGUGUAUACUUGAGGCAAGUGGUUAUAUUGCAAUACAUUUUACUAAGCGAGUGUGACGGUACAUAUGCUUUCGAUGGUGAGAUAUAUACAAAAAUGGCAGAGGAUAUUAAGACUCAGCCAAAUGUGUUUGACAUAGCCCCGUUGACCAGGGUGUUGCAGAUUCCUUCACUCGCUGAAUUUUUUACUCGCAUACGGGAUCCUCAAACGCUUGAGCAUAGAGAAUACGAAAUGUUUCGCAAUAUGCCGCUGGGUAAUUAUACUGAUCGAUUGCUUGCACUUGACUCACCGGAACAAGUUCAUUUAUGUACCUUGCCGAAGGAUUAUCAGGAUGGAUUGUUAAAGUUGUCAGAGAUGAAUGUUUUGCGCAAAUGUAUCUGUAUGUUUUGUGGUCAAUGGAUAAGCAAGGGCCAACAACACAUUCAUAUGCAAAGUUGUUCCAAAUUUGGAAUCCUUUUUGACCCGGAGAGAAACCUUUUACGAAUCUGCAUCCUUGUUGGCGAGAAUUCACUUGUGCUAGAAAUUCCCGGUCCUUAUGUCACAAAGCAUGGUGAACCAAAGGGAACAAGAACCAAAGGUAAAGCUUUAAUGAAUGAAAACAAGUUAAAGGAAUUGAACAGGCUUUGGCUUAAUCAGGGCCUAUAUAGCUACGUUUCAAGACCGUUGUUUGGAAGCGCUCCGAAUAUGAUGAUGCCAAACUUUGGUAUUCUUCCUGGUGUUGGCGCAGGUGCUAUGGACAUCGAUGACGACGAUGGAGCAUUUUGGGAAGCUGGUCCGGAUGAUGAUGAUGAGGACGACGAGUUUAUGUUUACAUAA